AUGCGAUCUACUCUGGGUAUGUUUGCCUUGCUCAGCAUGGCUCAUGGUCACGCUACGUUUCAGCAGUUUUGGAUCGACGGCGUUGAUCAGGGCAGCACCUGCGCUCGCCUUCCUCCCGGCAAUAGUCCGAUCGAAGACGUAGCUUCGAACAACCUCCGAUGCAAUAUCGGAGGUGCCAGCGGCGUGGCGGGCAUUUGUGAAGUUCCUGCGGGCUCCAUGAUUGAGGUAGAGAUGCAUGAGCAGCCGGGUGACCGUGAUUGCGAGAAGCCUGCCAUCGGAGGAAACCACCAUGGCCCUGUCAUGGUCUACCUUGCGGCCGUCCCAGACGCCACGAUUGCCGACGGCUCAGACCCAUUCUUCAAGAUUGGAGAGAUACCGGAGACCUGCCUCUGGCGAUUACUUGGUCCGCGCAGAGGCUAUUCGCUCCACAGCGCAGGUCAGCUCGGCGCGGCGCAGUUCUACAUGACCUGCUACCAGAUCAAGGUGACGAACGGGGGCAGUGCUUCGAUACCGUCAGGUGAUCAUCCGGGGAUUCACAUUAACAUCUGGGUGGAUGACAUUGAUGCCUAUGUCAUCCCCGGGCCUCCAAUUGCCGAGAUUUGA